GAUUACGAUCAACAACGAAGAAGAUACCAAAAUUAUCCUGAAAUCACUGCUGAUAAAAGUACCGCGGCGCGCUGAUUGCCUAACGCUGAAUUUCACAAUGAACGUCAAAGUUAUCACUAAUAAAAGCGGUAGUAUUCUUGGCAAGAUUCCAAUCAGAAUGAGCGAAACACCCCGUCGUGAGAACACUCGUAAUGCCGAAACCGGCGCUGACUAUAGAUCUUCUAUAUGGGCCAGUAGUCAGAUUAACCAUAGAACAUCAGAUGAUAGAACUCGAGCCCGGACUCGAGGAGUACAGACAGAAGAUAAUGAAAAUCGAGAGAGGACCCAACCAUCCCGACAACGAACCAAUCAAGCUGAGGGCCCCGGGGAGAGACGGGAACAGGAUACCGAAAUACCUCGACACAAUGAAGGAGCUCCUCCAUCGUCGCGUGAGAGAUACUGGUUUCGUGGUAGCUCGAUUAGAUCUUUAGUUAAGAGCUUUCUGGGGAUGCAAAUGCCAGAAGAAGUAGCUAAUAGGGGACGUGUCUCGUUCUCCGGGGGGGAAUCAUUUUUCCCGGAUCCUAUGGUUACCUUCCUAGUUGAUCGGCCUCAAGAUCUCCUAUGUCAAAUUUGUCAAACGGUAACUCUCUCAAUAGGGCUUAUUGCGCACACCCCGUGCGAUGAUACCCCUGCUAUCCUUCCGUGUGGGCACUUGGCUUGCCACAACUGUCUAAGAGCUUGGGUUGAUGCGAAUCGAAGUUGUCCUUUCUGCCGAAAAGAUAUGGAGUACAGCGAGUGUGGGCAUACCCUUAAGCCCGCCUUAAUCACGCAUGAUACCAUUACCACUUUGCCGAAGACACUUUCCCGAGGUGGGAAGAUAGCCGGAAAUUGCCGCGAAUGUCAGGAUAGAGAAAAUAAAGACAAAGCCCUUAUAUUGUGGAGUAUGGCUACGGAAGCCCUUAAGAUUAGUCGAGAAGUUCCUCUUGGAAUCGAUCCUCAAUAUGCCCAACAGGUGGCAGAGGUCACUCGUGCAUUGUUCGAAAAUGUCCCGCAAUAUGCAGCAAAUAUGGUUCGGGAACGGGACACUUGGUAGGCGAAUUCUAUCAUUUACCUGAACUUGAACUUGCCAUGGACUAUUUUGGCAAUAGAUGGUUGCUAGUAAAUAGCAUACAUCACAAGAGAAACGGAUUACGUAUAAGCAAACCAGAUUGACACUCACGAACCGAUUACCUAAAUUUUUCUCUACACGUAAAUUUUCUUUCUAUAAGGAUUAUUUACUCUUUCAAGUAAUCAAGUCAACUUUCAUUUUGUUUUUGUUUUUGUUAAAUAUGGGCACCUCCUAGGUGCUCACAGGGGGGUUCUCCCCCUUAAUGCCUCGUAUACGCAAAUAUACUAAAGAAGAUACAUAAUACUAGUAA